AUGGGUGAUUACAAGAAAGCUGGUCGUGCGCAAGGCGCGCGCCGCCAAAUCGACAAGACUGAGUACUUUCAGGCGCUCGACGCGAUCGCCCUAAUAGGUCAUCACGACACCUCCCACAAUCUGGCUGUACGCCGGAAUAUCGCCGUUAACAAGUCGGACAACGCGCCUUCGGGCUCCUUGCUGACCGCAGAUACAUGCGAGAAGACCUGCAACUCGCAGUCUCUCAUGGAUCGCCUGCCGAAUGAAUUGCUUUGCGCUAUCUUCCUCCUGUGCGGCGAUCCAAGCCCUACAUCCGCAUUUCCUCGCUGCGCUGAAAUGCAUACUUUCUACGCUGUGAAGGAGUGCAGGAUGGCGUACAGUAGAUCCGCCGCCAUUCUAGGACGCGUCUGUUCGCGCUGGUAUGCCGUGACACGUGGGUUCCCUGCGCUGUGGACUCUGGUGGACGUCGCAUACCCCUCAACGAAGGCUAAGAGCGUUCUGAACCUCUGUCUGAGAUACUCUGCCGGCCUGCCACUCACUCUGUGGAUCAGCCAAUAUACGCAAGUGCAAUACCAAGAGGUCGACCCAGGAUUUAUGGCCAACGUCGCAAAACACGCUCAUCGAUGGCAGGAAAUAUCUAUCGAGUUACUUGACGUCAAGCGUCGCAUUCUGCAGCCUCUCACUUGCCUUCCUUCUGGCGCUUUCAGCUCCCUAGGAAGAGCGCGUGUCGCCUUCGUCAUAAUGCGCCAGCAGCCGGACUACGCUACGAUAUACGACGACUUGUGGAAGCUGUUUUUGACGUCGCCGAAACUCAACUGCAUGGACUUAGCGCGGACGCAAUGCUUUCAAUCAGGGCUUCCUCUCGCACCCUUGCGGCAGCUUACCAGCCUUGGGCUGCACGAUGCUGAGCCAGAUAUGGUUGCUCCACUUCUCAAGAACUGUACCAAACUCGAGCUUCUCUGCAUCGAAUUCAAGAAGACCAACAUAUUUCUGCCCUUUGUAACACCCAUCCAUUUGCCUCAUCUGCGCAUUCUUCUGCUGAGGGGAUCGAUUGACUGGACUACUCUUUUCACAUCCCUGACGGCACCUGUCAUUGAUCGCCUCGAUAUGGCGUACUCGGAGAUCCCAUAUCAUCAUGUCGCAAGCAUGCUUGCGCGGUCGUCUGCACGCAUCAGAAUGCUCACUAUUCAUCGCCCUAUAUUGGGCCGAGAAGCAGACUUCCUGGACUUUAUUCGUAGUCGGAUUUUGCAGGAUCUGGAAAUUUUGAGCUGUAAACUUCCCCACCGACGCGAGACCUCUGAUAUAGGCGGCGAGGCCGUGUUUGAUAACCAGCCAUAUCUGCAGUGGCACGGUCUUCAGACCAAUGCUGACCCCUCCCAAGCGCCCGAUAUGAGCGUCCCAAAAAAUCACGACAUUAUCCCCACUCUCGCUGAGCGUUCCGUCGUCGACAAGCCAGGAAGGGCACGCAUACGCUCCUUGCUGUCUGCAAUGUCCCGCAAGACGUCCUGUCAGCCCGCAAUUGAUCGCCUUCCAAACGAAAUAUUAUGCGCGAUAUUCUUCAUCUGCGGAGACCCGAGCUCAGCGUCCGCGUACCCGCGCGAUAUAGGAAUGCACACAUACGGCAAGGAGAGGUACGAAAUCCAGAGAUACAGCAGGUCCGCCGCUCUUCUCGGACGCGUUUGCGUGCGCUGGUACGCUGUGACACGUGGCUUUCCUUCCUUGUGGACAGUCGUGGACAUCGCGUACCCGACGAAGGAGGCCACAAGCGUUCUAACGCUCUGUCUGAGGUACUCGUCCGACCUUCCGCUCUCCUUGUGGAUUACGAGAUCCCUGGAUCCGGAUGCUCGGAAGAGAGCAGUCGACCCACGCUUCAUGUCCCUUGUCGCGGCAGAUGCUCAUCGGUGGAGGGAGAUUUCUAUGGAGUUUCUAGACGAAAUCAGGGUCUUGGAGCCUCUCGUAUCACUUCCGCAUGGCGCCUUUAGCUCCCUGGAACAGGGGCGCAUCGAAUUCCAAAAACUGGAGGCGCGAGAGGACACCUUGGACACUCGUCUGUGGAAUAUGUUUUUCACCUCACCGAAACUGCGCUGCGUAGACCUCACCCGAACCAACUUCAUCCGAUCGGGACUUGCCUCCGCUCCUCUACAACAGCUCACCAGUCUUGGCAUGCACUCUGCUAUGCCGGACAUGGUCCCCGCCGUUCUCAGUACAUGCACCAGCCUCGAGCUCCUUUGCAUCCAGAUCGAGCCAAUGGCUUUGGGCAUUGCGGGCCUUCAGACAUUACCUAUUCCCUUUUCAAGCCAUUUGCCACGCCUGCGAGUGCUCAUGCUAUGCGGGCCCUAUGACUGGGCGCCCCUUUGCAACUCGCUAACAGCACCUGCUCUUGAUCGCCUUGACGUAGCGCGUAUCAACAUAGGGCCAUAUAUUGAGCGCAUGCUUGUUCGGUCGUCAGCGCGUCUCCGGAUGCUCACCAUAUAUCGCCCCGGAUUGGGCCAGGGAGACAUCAUGCUCUCUCUCGUCCGUAGUCCCCCUUUGCGAAGCCUCCGGAUUUUGCGCUAUACUAUAUCCUACCCGGGGUCGGCUGAUAUUGGAUGGGAAGAUGCAUUUGAUUUGCGUCCAUUUAUCCCGCAAGGAGUGAUACAGGCGGUGGGCGCUGCUGAGGCUGAACAGUCGUACAUAAAAUUAUGUGAAGGUACAUCAUCGUAUGGAGCUAGCCCGUCGUAG